UCCUGUCAUACUUAAAAACUAUUCCUUAAAAAGAAAAAAAAUUGGGGUGAAGAAAAAGCAAGUUGCCAAACCCAAGAGCCUUCAGAAUGGAACUCGGGGACUUUCUUAGUAUCUUAAAAUCAACUCGUUCUAUGAGGAAAAAAGUAAAUGUCAGUUCUUUACUGAAAUUAAUUGUUCUUGGGGAUGGGGCUGUGAAAAAUACUGGACAACGGAGUUGCAGAAUUCUUCUCAUGGGAUUUUGGCUUUUUCUGUCAUUAUCCUCUCCCAAGCAAAAACUUUACAUUUGCUUUCAGUCAUAAAACAAAGGAAGUAAGCCUGAAAACAAGUUCAGAGAGGAACUGAAGUUCAGAAAUGUUGCAGUUUGAGAUAAUUGAUGUUUAGGGGGUUUUAAAUGGUUUUCGAGUCCUGUAGCUGUUCAGAUACCCUCAGGUUCUGGGGAGAUCUGACUAAUUUAGCUUGUGUUUGCAGUUUGCCCCUUUGUGUCUUACUGAUGUGUCUGUCCUCUGUUUAAAAACAUUCUGUGUCAGUGAUGGCUGAUCUACAGGCAAUAAUAAUGCUGAUUAUUUUUUUUUUUCAAUAAUGUUCUUAUGUGCAUUUGGAGAUCAAAAUAUUCUACCCCAAGUAGGAAGCACGUUUGGUCCAAAUGCUUUGUUUUGACUUUGUCAGAGGAACUUAAGAGUUAUCCUUUCUGUUUCUUGUUAGUUGAGUCAGUUUUGGUCCUAGCAAUCUUUAUAAAUAACAAUGAUUUAUUCUUUAGGUAAUUGGAGUUUUAAGGUAUUUACAUUUCUGAUGCUCGCUGCACAAACCUUGAGACUGGGAAUGGAUCUUUAAAGUCUGUGCAGCUUGUAUUAGUGAAUUUAUUCCAGGUAAGCUCAACAGUUGAAAUGUUUUGAGUGAACAACCUUCCUGCAAAUAUACUGCCCAUGGUGGCCUGACAGGCUGGGAGGUGGGUGAUGUUUUCUUGGAAUCUUCAGCUAGUUCUAAAUCAUGUAACAAAGCAGGAGUUUUGUCAUGGUUGUGAUGCCCCUUAAAUUCUAUAACUCUUUUACUGAGUCAUUGAUUCAUCUUUCAAAAUUUAAAAUUAUAAUAUUGCCUCUUUUCAUUAUUUUUGAAGUUAAUGCAGCACUUAAACAGUAUGAUACAUAUUGCUUUGGACUUACUAGCCAGUAUCCUAACAGAAAGAGACAGGUAACAUUUAUUAUGGAUACUGGUGUAGCAGACUGAACUGCAGAUUCAGUUACUUAUGAUCUUGAGUUUUAGUAUCCAUUAAAAACUAAAUGCUUAUUAUAAGUUCAUCUCUCUGAAUUUUUAUUUAUUAUUUUUAGCCUUUAUUUAGACAGUGUGCAUGCAGACAAGGAAAAUGUUCCAUGUACCUGCAUGGGUUCUGUGAUUUUCCUUAUGUCUCAUGAUUUUAAUCAACAGGGAACUGAGAUGACUUGAGGAAAAAACCAUGCUACUGUCAGGUACUAUUUCCUGUUCUUGAUCUUUGAAGGUACUGGGGGAGGCAAAGUUUAAACUGGAUUAUUUUAUUAAAUGGUCUCUGCAGGUGAUACUGGGUUUUGGAGAAGGAUAGGCUCUGUAUUCAGGUUGGUUUAUCACAGAUGUUCGAAACCCCAGGAAGUGUUACCUUUACAAUUCUAGCAAGAGAGAUUUCCUCAGAAAGGGGUGCCUGUACCUCUUGUAUUUGACACCAGUGCCACAGACAGAGAGCCUGCCUUGGAUGUCAGUAGUAUUGGUAACAGCUCAGCAUAGAGUCAGGAACAGGGACACGUGUAGUUCCAAAUCCGUUUCAAGCAUGGUGUUGUGUCCUUCUGCUCAGUAAGCUCAGUAAUGUAACAAAAAAGACAAAAACGCCUCCUUGCAAAUGUUUUCAAACCUCCCACAGACAACAGGGAACAAAGCACAUCAUGACCAGGGGACAGGAACAACGCUGAGCUGGGGAUAGGCAGCAAGAGUGUUUGUCUCACAGUCUGGUCAGAACUGCUGUGCAGAAGUGCUGCUGCUUCUCAUCCUGCACUGCCAGCAGAAGUCAGUAAUCCAUUGCUAGGGACACACUCCUGUGGGUGUGCUGGUCUUCUGCAGGCUUCCUAUCACUCUUCCAGUUCGUCAGAAUAAAAACUCUUGGGGGAUCCUGGAAGCCUUCCAUGGAAGCAUAGUUCCUUUGGAUUCACUGGCCCUUUGUUUGGCUAACUUUGCCUUUUUAAAAGUCUAAAAAUUACAUCAAGCUUCAAUGAAGGAGUCACAUGCUCUUUCAGUGGGGGUACUGUGACUGCAACACAUUAGUGAAUCGGUGUUUUAGGGAUUUGCUCCUCUCUGAUACCAGUUCCCAGCGUGUUUGCAGCUUGCAUCACUGUAAGUGGAUUGUUUUGUAGUUUGUAUCCACUUUGCAACAGGAAACUACAGCUAUUCAGGCAGCUCUUCAAGCAGCUCUUGAAUCCAAGAAUCUUGUGAUUCUGCUUCUCUCCUGAGUCAUUUGGUUGCCUUGAUGCAGUUGUGAACUCCUGUGAGGGAUGCUGCUGGUUCUUGCUGAUUUUGUUUUGUCUUCAUUUUGACAUGUGAAGUCCACAGUUUCAUUGGUUCAAUCUAGUGACUGAGUCAAGUCUGCAGUGGCAACUGUUGACUGACUUCCAACUUGGAAGUUUAAAGCUCCUCAUACUAAUCUAGGGCUGCACAAAAUAAGGACCACUGCUUUUAUUUGUAACAGUGUUUCUUUGUGGUGUCAUGGGAGUUUGUUUAUACUAUGGAAAAUCCUGUCUUGGUGAGAAGGUUGAAAUAUUGUGUAAGCCUCGUCAUGAAGAGCUCAAAAUACAAUAUUCUGGCCUCACUAAAAAUGUAGCUAUGUUAAGUAAAAUAAAUAAAUGAAAAGGCAGCCUGCUGGCAACUGGACUAGUGCUGCAAAAAGUUGUUUUACUUGCAGCUCUCUUAGUCAUGCCAUGGCUUUAUGCAAGCAGUUACAGUGGAUCUUAAAGUCUGUGUGGAAUGAAGCAGUGGGGUUCUCAGGGUUGAGUGGACAGUUCACAUGUAUGGCUGGUAUAGCAACAGUUCAGGGAUAACCUUUACUGAAAACUGGGAGCAAUUUAUGUGUAAGACAACGUGCAGGAAGAUGAUGAAUUUUGCUUAUUUGGCAUAUUUUCCCAGGUUUUAAUCAAGAUGACAAUACUCAGGGAUUUCCUCUAGGUUUCAGCACCCGGGAGCUUGUUUUAAAGACUGUGAUAAUUACAGCUUCAGUCCUAGGUUCUGUGCUCAGUGACUUGUAAACUUUUCCAGAGUUAAGUAAAUUUAAGCUAUAAUGUGUAUUUCAAAGGGGUAUGGUCUUUAGAUUUAUCAUUCCUGGUAAGUUACUUAAAUAAAAAGUUAGAUCACUUUUCUUCCAAAAGAACAGAAUCUCACAAAUAGUUAAUGCCUAACUUAGAGUGAUUUGUUAUAUGAAAUGUUGGCAUUUUUAAUAAGAUUAAUAUAUUUCAAUGAAAAAAAGCAGAAAAUCUUUUUGAAUUCAAAUGUGCAGUUCCUUUAAUCUAAAAUGGUAUUAUGAAUCUUUGGCUUUCUCUAGAUGAUUCUGAAUUUCUCUAGGUGCAAUCUAAAAAUAAAAAGGUGAAUUUCCUAACAAAGCCUUAGAAAAUAAAUUACUGUUCCUUUUUCCUCUAUGCAUUUUCAUGGUUUGCAUCAGCUGUAAUACAGUUACAAGUGACUUGCAAUAGUUAAUGUAAGAGCAUUGAGAGCCCUUAAAAUUAUAGUAAAUUUUCAGGACCUAAAGAUAAGUUCAGUAUAGGAAACAGUGUUGAAAGCCAGUGGCUGUAGCAACUGAGGUCAUCCUAACAGAGGAGGAAAGGAUUUUAUUUGUUCACUACCCGUGAAAAAAUGGGAAACAAAGUUUUGUAACUUUUUUCAUAUAUAAUGUUGAAAAAGUCUUUCUUCCCAUUUGAAGUGAGGAAUAUUUCAGUGUCAUUUUUUGGUGGUUUUCAAAACCAGUUACAUAAGUUAAUUUUAGCAAUGUAGAUUCUUACCGAUUUUUCUGGACGAGAAAUUACUACAUAAAUUUGUUAUUACAAUGUAUUACAUUAUAUUGAUGUGUUUUUGGUUUUGUUUUUUUUUUUUCCUCUGGAAGAACAUUCCUAUAGAAAGGAAAUAGGAGCCAAAGUCUGAAAUCUAAAAUAAGGACUAAACAGCUUUUCAUUUGCUUUUCUACCCUUUGAGAUGCCAGAAGCAAUUUCCUCUUGAAGCUGACUUCCUCUCUGGAAGUGAUUUUCGUCUCCAACCAUGUUGAGGCUCUUUUCUCAUUCUUUCAUUCUGACUAACUUGCUUUUUUCCCCUCUGACUUUCUACUGCAGUUGGGAACUUCUGGAGUAAGAGCGACAGAUCUUGCUGCUCCCCCCACCUUUUCCUGCAACUUAAUCAUUUGCAGAUCUUGCCAUGGGGUGCGGACUGAGAAAGCUGGAAGACCCAGAUGAUAGCAGCCCUGGAAAAAUCUUUUCUACACUGAAGAGACCACAAGUUGAAACAAAGACGGAUUCUGCUUAUGAAUAUGUAUUGCUGGAUUUUACUUUAGAAGCUUCAUCAAAUCCAGAAGUUAUCAAGAUCAGUUCUGUGUUGGAUAUAGCCUCUCAGGUGGAAGAAUAUUACAGCAAAGGAUAUGUUGUAGGAGCUGUUCAUCCUAUUAUGCUGCCAAUUGGACGUAGAAGGAGUUUCCCUGCAAGUCACAUGUAUCGAGUGGUACUUUCACGAUUAAAAUUAAGCCAGAAGCAUGCAGCACCCAGAGGACAAAGGCACCCCAGGCUGCUGAUUGAGGAAUGUCCUUUAAUGUAUGAAACACUGACAAAUGAGGUAGUGAAAGAACUGUUAGAAAAGGUUAACGAAGCUGCUAAAAGAGGCAAGAAGUUUGUGGGAUUUGUAACGCAACACUUUGCUCAGCCCAAAGCCUGUAAUGGAACAAGCACGGAUGGAAAUGCAGAGCUGGAAGCAACACUGGGCAGAAGAAACAGGGAACACAGGAGAGAAAAUUUUGAUGAAAACUAUAAAAACUGGAAUGAGGGGACAUUGAGUGGUCAUUCAUCUGAGAGUGGGAUAGAGGAGGAAAUGCAAGGAGAAAGCAGACUAUUAGAGGAUUCAGACUUCCAGAUUGGAAAAGAAGUCAGCCCUUCUAAACCACGGAAAGGAGAUGACAAGCUAUAUACAGUCUUCAAUGUUUUUGAUGACGAUUCCACCUGCUGGACCUAUCAUGAAGGUGUUUUGUCUAUGAAAGUAACAAGGAAGGGGCCAGUUGUUAGUACUCUGGAAGCAGACUGGCUAGAAUUAACUACAUUUUAUUAUAAACAAGGAUUGUCCUUAGUUGAUUCUUUUGUGCACUGGGAAUCUUCUAAAGGGGACUAUUUGCCCAAAUCUUUAGAGGGAUUAUUUAUCUAUGAAGAAGAAGGUGCUGGGGUUCCAGGUUCUAACAGGAAAGGAAAUGAUGCAAUAGUUGUUGAACAAUGGACAGUCAUUGAGGGGUGUGAAAUUAAAACAGAUUAUGGACCUUUAUUGCACACGCUGGCUGAGUUUGGAUGGCUCCUGACCUGUGUCCUGCCUACACCCAUCGUACGACACGACAGUGAAGGAAAUCUCGCUACAAAGCAAGUAAUUUUUCUUCAGAGACCUGUUAUGUGGAGUUCUGCUGUCCAGACACCAGAGAGGAAAUCCUUAAGACAAGUUACUGGGGAGGAAAAAAGCAAAGUGUCUAGCAGAAGUGUUGGAUUAGACACAGCUACUUCUUGCCCUCCAGAAAUUGGACAACCACCUGGCGAGUUUCACCUGUCUCCUUCUAAACAGUGUUGGAUGAAGGAGGGAUCCUCCCAGUAUGGAGGUUUUCCAGGAUUCAGUAGCAGUGACGGAGUAUUAAGGGAACUGGAUGAUGGACAAUAUGACCAGGAAGAUGGAGUCACUCAGGUCACAUGUAUGUGAUAAAGUAAGUAACUGCAUCAGAUGGACAUGUACAUAAUUCACACAAAUGGAUUUUUUUAAAAAAAUUAUACUACUUUAAAUGCAUUGGUAUAAUCCUAUGACUUUGCCCAGACUCAUUUUGUAUUGUUGUCAGUUUUUGUUGUGUUAAUCCUACUGUAGUAAUAAUACUACUACAAAAUCAUUUCCUUUUCUGUCUCUCUUUAAUAGUGUAACUACAAGACUGGGUGUUCUCCUAACUUGUUAAUGCUUUUGACAAGCAAGGAAGCACAAGCUGCAAAAGAGUGACAGUUUGAGUUGUGUAAGGAGAAAGGAAUGAGGAUGUUUAGUAUUUUCCACAAACUGGAGGAAUGUUUUUGGGUUUGAUUGAUUGAUUGUUGUUUGUUUUUCUAAGGGUGUUGUAAAUAUUGGUGGGGAAAGAUGAACUGUCUGGCUGUUAAGUUUUAAUGUAAUUCUCACUUUAGAACUUGCAUAAGUUCUAAAGCCUAGAGAAAUGUCAGGUCUUAGCCUAGAGUGUUAGUAAUUUAAGCUACAUUCAGACUUGGUGUGGACAGAAAAGCUCGGGAUGCUGUAGGCAGACACGUGCUCCUGUAAUAGUUUCACCUCUGCAGGUUGUAUCAGAGUUCCUUGUACGUGUAAGCCAGGUGCUGUCAGAGCUUAUAACUUGUGUAAUGAUGUAUUUGUAAUUUACUCAUGAGUGGAAAUUAAGAACCACUCACCCCCUGGAAGAUACCUUGCAGUCUAUGAGCAAGUAGUUUGAGAAGCUCAGGAGCAGCAUUGACAUCAGUGUGCCCAGUGAAGCUGCUAACAGAGGAGGAGGACAUAGGCUAAACUUCGUGGGCAGUAUUAGAUCAUGCAGUAUAUACAAACAUGCUGAUGUGUACAUAAAAAAUGUCUCAGCUGAAUGUAUCUCACACUGGAUAAGGUGUAUUCAGCUGCAUCAAAUACCAGACAUCCUUACCAUGGGGAGGAGCUGCUUGCGUUGAGAGUGAUGCUGGCAGGGCUAUGUGGGGAGAGGCACAAACAGGAGUUAUUUUUAUGCUGCUGUCUGGAAACUACACUUUACAGAGGAGAAGCUGAAUAAAAAUGUAUCUCCAGAAAAAAUUGCAUUUUUCAUUUAGUUUUAGAAGCGAAAAACUAUAAAUGCUCUUCAUAUUUAAGCUAAUGCAAAAUAAUUUAGUCAGGAUGAGAAGUCAGAACAGAACUGAGCAAUUGUAUUCACAACCCUGCUCUCAAUGUUUGCAGUACAGCACACACAUCACCCAGGGAUUCUGAUACCUGUCUCUGUGUGUUGUGCUGCAGACAUGGAGAGAAAUGUCAUAAAUAUGUUUACCUACACCAGUCUGCUCCCCUGGGGGGGCAUCCCACCAGCUGCUGUGGGAGUCUGCCUGUCCACAGUGGUAGGUUGCUGGCAUUAAACACAGUGGGCAAAUCAGUGCAGUGACAAGAACACCAACAACUAACUCCAGAUGAGUACCCCAGGAGAUGACCAGGAUAAUGGAAGUGUAGCUGCAAUCUCAGAGCUGUGCAGAAAUAAUAUGGGCAGAAGCUGCUUAUUUUGAUAAGCAAAAAUUAACUCAUGAAGGAAAGAAGUUACACUUGCUGCUAUUUCAAUUUAUUUUUGUAGGGUGGGCAGGGGGGAAACCCAUUCUACUGGCAUAAUUAGCGUAGUGGGAGCUUGAAAUAUUAUUGCUGCUUCCCAGUUUGAUUGUGAAAUUCUUGGGGGCAGGCUUGUUUAUUUUUCAUUUUGGAAGAGGAACUCUUAACAACUAUUUGUAGCUGGUUUGGGAUUUUUUUUUUUCCCAAAAAAAAUGCACAGCCCUGGAGCUGGAGACGUUGCUGCAGCUUCUUUUUCCCAUUGCAUGCACUGUGGGGAGCAAUGGGAGCACAGGAGUACCUGUAAUAGGAGGCAUGGUAAGAAAUCCCUUCUUGCCAAGGCUUCUCUCCCAGCUUUCCCAGCAUUUCGAGGUCAGAGAUGUGGGGCAUGAACCUUGCAUUUCAUUCCCUGUCUGGGGCACUGUGUGGAGGAAGAUCCCCCUGCUAACAGGGAGGGUGCUGGGCUGGGUGUUCCCUGCAGAGCCUGACCCAAAUGCUGCUCUCUCUUGCAGCUGCUGCUCUGGGAACAGCAGCCGUGGUCACAGUUAGCAGGGAUCCCCUCCGUGGUACACAGGGGGAAGAAAUGACAGACAUACAUGUUACAUCUGUCUCUGGCAGAAAGCCAGGUAACUCCAGCAUUUUAAAAAUGGAGUAACAGCUGGGCUUUUGCAACUUAGAAUACGUUGCUCUCCUUUUAAAAGUAUUUUUCAUGAGUUAUCCAAAACUCUGGUGCGCUUGUAAUUUUAACUACUGGUCAUUCUCCAUACAAGUCAAACCUGUAAAAUAAGCAAGAAUUGGUCAAAAACUUCAGCAAUUCUGAAUAUUUCAAGUUGGAGCUUUUAAAAUAUAUAAAGAAAUUACCUUUUAUUAAGCACUAUUCUUGCUUAUGGUGGUUAACAGUAGUGAAUCCUUAAGCAACACUGAACUACAACUAUUUAAGUUACAAAGUAUAAAGCAGUAAAUUUAAUGCAGUUACUCUUUCUAGAAUGCAUUACUUGGAUAAAAAGAAUCAUUUAACUUUUAACUGAGAUCCUAUCAGCUGUUGAGAGUGCAGAAAAUUCGAAUAAAAUAGUAUCAUUUUAAGAGAUUUUUCCCCUUACAAGUUAUGGGAGGUACACAAGGGAGAUUCUGUUUUGGUAUGAGGGUACCACAUGGAUAUCCACAGGUACACUCUAGAAUAUCGUUCCUUUUAGCAAGACUUGUCUUAAAAUGAAAUAAAAUCGUAUUCCUUUCCAGUAGUCCCCAGUUUUAACUGUGCUUUAGUUCUUGCUUGUGAAUCUCACAGGUGUUGACAGUGCUGCAAACCUCUGAAUUUCUUUCUUGUCUUUUUAAUUCAGUAUAAAUAUGUGAAAUUGUUUCCUCUGAACACACUCAGCAAUUCCUGUUAAAGAACAGCUGGGUUUUUUAAAUGUCAUUUUUCUCACAGUAUGAAAGUUGCCCCUGCUGUAGAAAUAUUAAUCUUGUUUUCCCAGGUCUCCAUUGUCUUUCACCUCACAGGCUCUGUAUGGAAGAAAAUAAACAAAAUACAGUUCUUCAUAUGGGGGGGGGGGAAAGCCAACCUGACAGGAGUCAAGAUAGAAAUGUGUGAAGUGAGUGGCACAGAGGGUAGCAAAGGAAUGAAUUCCUCAGCUUUUUUUUUUUUUUUUGGUACAAGAAAUCAGGGCCAUCAUGGUAGUGGUAGGUAGCCAGUUUGGAAUAAAUCAUGGUAUCUGUUCAGCUGACUGUAGAAUUCCUUGCUGCAGGAUGUUGUGUGUAAAGUUACGUGGACUUAAAGGUGACCAAAAAACUCCUGAAAGGAAAAACAUUAUUCUCUCUGAAGGUCACUGAACCAGAAGCAGACUGUGAAAAACUGGUGUGACUGCACACCUCUCCUGUUCCUUAGAUUAUUGUGAGCACCAGGGGCUUCAUCACUGGUGGCAUGUAGCUGAGUGCUCUCCUGCUGCAAGGCUUGCUUUUGAAAGUCAGGGCAAGAGUUACAUCUGACUUCACACACUAGUCAAAGAACAGAGUAAACCACCCGUCCUCCUAAGGCGUGGAUGCUGAAACAGACUAAAUUGAAAAUGCUUCUAAAACACAUUAUGGAAAAUCUUCUAUUUUGUUCCUUAUAGUUAAAAAUGCUGAAAGACAACUAUAUCCCACUUGGAUAAGUGAGAAGGGGAGAGUUCAUUUUGGGUAUACAGGAUUCUAAUUUCAGAGACUCAUUUCAUCACCUGGUCUUACAACCAGAGCAUUUAGCUGUGCCUUUACUAGUGUGGGUGACCACCACUGUCCAUUAAGUAAACAAAGUUUGUAAAUCACAAGACCUGUCAGAGUAACUAACAAAAGUUUUUGUAUGCUAUUAUGUGUGUAUAUGUACACACACUGCUCAGUUUCCAUUUUACCAGAGUGCAUUAACUUAUGUUUUAUUGUAAGAAUUGCAAAUUAAAGCAUGGAUGCAUUCUCUGACAGAAAAAGAAGUACAUUUUUACUCAAUGACAGGGCUUCAGUCAGGGGCAGCCUGUGUGUCUGAACUGUAGUAGGAAAGUCCCUGACCUAUGUGACAAGAGAAAUGCUCUGCAACUAUCAGAACAGAGAUAGAAGGCAGCCAGUACUGUUCAUGAACUUCUGCAGAAGAAUGUUUAUAUUUUCUGAUGCUUAAAUUGUUUGGAGAGGAAAUAGUUUUCUAGUGUUUACAAACAGGAAGAAAUUGUCCAGUGUUCAAUGUUUUGUACCCUGCUCAUAAUUGUCAGAACAGUUUAUUUACAUACCUGGUCAACUGCAAUAAACUGUUGCUUAACUUCUGUGUUUCCUAUCUGUAAAGUACUAUUUUUGUAAAGGGUAAGAUCUUUUCUAUAGUUCAUAUAGGAAGGUUCUCACCAUUAAAAGCACUUACCAAAUCA